CUUGUCUCCUCUGAUGUGCAUCCUGGAACUCCUUGCUGGAGGAGACGCCAGGCCGCCCCUGACAACAGAGCCGCCCCUAUCUGCCGUUAGCAGCGAGUCGGCAGCCGUUAAACAGCACAGCCCUUUGUUUUAGUUGUAGCUGACCCCUCAGCCUCUCAUUUAAUUACCCGUGUUGAGUAUCUUUCACCAUGGCGGCGAGCGCGAAACGAAAACAGGAGGAGAAACAUCUGAAGAUGCUGAGAGAAAUGACGAGUUUGCCUCCCAAUAGAAAGUGCUUUGACUGCGAUCAGCGCGGCCCAACCUAUGCCAACAUGACUGUGGGUUCUUUCGUGUGUACCUCCUGCUCUGGCAUCUUACGAGGACUGAACCCACCCCACAGAGUUAAGUCUAUCUCCAUGACAACAUUCACGCAACAGGAAAUCGAGUUCCUACAGAAACAUGGCAAUGAGGUAUGUAAACGGAUCUGGCUCGGUCUUUAUGACGACAGAACCUCAUCAGUGCCAGACUUCAGAGAACCACAGAAAGUCAAGGAGUUCCUUCAAGAGAAAUAUGAGAAGAAGAGAUGGUAUGUGCCUCCUGAACAAGCCAAGGUUGUGGCAUCGGUCCAUGCUUCCAUCUCUGGUUCCUCAAACAGCAGCACCAACAGCACCCCAGAGGUCAGACCGCUUAAAUCGCUGCUGGGGGAUUCGGCCCCCAGUCUGCACCUGACUAAGAAUACCCCACCAAAUCAGUCUCCGGUAGUGAGCCGUGGGCAACACCAUCAACAGCAGUUCCAUGAAAAAAAGUUUGACCUCCUCAGUGACUUGGGUGGAGACAUCUUUGCAGCCCCGACCAAUGUGAACUCAGCCCCCGGCUCCGGCUUUGCUAACUUUGCACAUUUCAACAGCCACACAACACCUGCAGCAGCACAGAAUGUCAGCGCAGGGGCAGGAUUUGCAAAUUUCGAUGCGUUUGGGAACACCCCAGCACCACAAGCGUCAUUUCAGCCUCCAAAUACAGCGUUCGCUGUGCUUUCAUCCAGCCGCAGUGUGGGUGAGUUUACCGCUGCUCUGCCUCUCCAGAGUUCACACAGUAGCGCCUCAGGGGGACUAGCAAAUGCCAAUUUUGCAAAUUUUGACAACUUCCCCAAAUCGUGUAGUGCUGACUUUGGAUCCUUCAGUUCCUCCUCCCAGAGUAACUCCACGAGAGCUGACAGAGACGUUGUACAGAGUACUAACGUUCCCAUCGAUAGAUACGCAGCCCUGGCUGACCUGGAUAACAUGUUUAGCUCUGCCAAAACAGAGGAAGGGGGUGGUAUUGCUGGAGGCGUGAGCUCUGCUGCUGCUGCAGCCUCAGCAGGAGUUGCCGGUUUGCCUCAGAAGCAGUCAGCAGGCAUUGCUGCAGGCGACCGUUACGCUGCUCUAGCGGAGCUCGAUACCGUCUUCAGCUCCUCAGCACCUGCCACCAGUGUUUACAACACCUCUAGCACUUCCCAAGGUAAUGUCUUUGGCUCAGAGACGGUUGUCUCAGCGCAAGCACAGCAAGCGAUGCCCGGUAUGCCUCAGGGUUUUGGAGCAGCACCAUCAACCAACCCGUUUGUAGCUGCUGGAGUCGCCCCUGCAGCAGCUCCCACCAACCCAUUCCAGUGCAACGGCAGAGCGGCGAAUAUGGCAGCUGCAGCGGGUGGUAAUUUAGCAAAGAUGCAGACCCAAGAAGGGAAUGUAUUUUAUAAAAACAAGAGGCCUCGCAGCACCCCUCUGUGUCUCAGCUCUUUUAACUCUUAACAGGUGAUAUUUAAAAUAUCCGAUGCGUGAAACACACAUUUUUAGAGCUUACAGAUGUUUGAAAUCCACUUUUAAGGCUUCAGCAGUCAAAUCAGUUUAGAACUGAGGACUCUGUUAAAGCUCAGCCUGCUGUCGUGAUCUCGCAGUGAUAAUAUAAGAAUAUAAAUAGUAUAAUAAUAAUUACCAAAUAUGGAAAAACUGAUGCACUGACUACAGUAGUUGAAUGAAGAAUGUUGCUGGGAGCCAAAUCCAAUGGCCAUAGCUGCAAAUCAAAUGCUUUUAAAAACGUACUCUCAGAGCAGCAAAUGACCAAAAUGUUUGCACACCGAUUUAGAUUUUAGAAAGUAUGUUGUGGCUAGAGGAGGAGUGAGUCUGUUGAAUGCAGAGAGCAGUUUCAGAGUUUCUUACUGGCAUUGAUUGCAUCAUUGUAAAAGCAGUUUUGGCAGAUCUGAUACGGGAUUUGAAGUAGGGCUAGAGGAAGCGAUGACCCAUGAGAGCACCAGGAUUGCUGGGUUUGAUCAAUUUUUUUUUUCUUAGCAGUUCAAAGAUCGCUACACUUUCUGAGGCAAUUGUCAAGAGCCGGCUGGGACAUAGCAGCCUGCAUUUUGAUAUCGGUUCAGAAAGGCUUUAGAUGUCUGAUUGAUUUUAGUGUCACGAAGUCUGUGAGAUGGAUAUUGUGGGUAGCAUUGAGUUCUUUAUUUUCAGUGACUUUUAGGUGACAGCUAAAUCUUUCUGAUGACUUAUCCACAGCCGAGAACCAAAUUUGACAGAGAAUCUCUUUAGGACAUCGUAAAGAUGACGGAGGACAGACGAUGUCCUCACAAGCCGACAGAUUUUGAGAGUAAAUGAUUUUUCUGCAUACCGUUUGCGCGUUGUUGUAGCUCAUGAGCAUGCUCGCGUGUCC